UUGAAUGAAAAACCUGGGCCCAAGAUUAGGAAAUCACAAGUCUCAAAAUUUUCAGCAUGUGGAAUUCGCCGUCGCGAUUUUCUUGAUUCUCUUCAAUCAUCUUCCGAAAUAGUUGGUCAACCAAUUCCACAAUGCGAUGAAACUGGCCAAAAAUAUAGAAAAAGACAAUGUUUCGCCGCAACUGAAACAUGUUGGUGUGUUGAUGAAAAUGGAAGAAGAUUGUCGAAAAAAGAAGCGGCUCAAAAUGAAAAACAAUGUGAAACAGUUCGAAAAAAACAAGAAAAUAUGGCAAUGGAAGCGGCUAAAAUAUUACUUGAAACCAAAAAAACCGCAAAUUGUUUGGAAGAGGAAAAACCUGGAGAAUGUCCGGUUUUGAAAGAUGGAUAUUCGAAUAACAGAAGGCCUUGUGAAUGUGAUAGCGAAUGUCCGAAACAGGAAAAAUGCUGCCGAACUGUAACUAACAAAUUUAAUAUUUGUUUGCCUGCUUUUAACACUUCCAGCUUACAAAGUAACAAUUCCAUCAGUUUUUUUCCACCGAGUUUUCCAAGAAAAAAAAUCAAAACCUUAUUUUUUUCAGUGACUCCUGCUCUUUCUCUGGUUUGUGGUUCAAAUGAGCAAUAUUCAGCAUGUUAUUCAGCUUGUCAACCAUCUUGUCAAGAUCCAUCAACACCUUCUUGUCCAAUGCCAAAUUGUCAACCAGGAUGUGUUUGUCUUCCCGGUUAUAUUCGUCGAGAUGGAAGUCCUCGAUCAGCUUGUGUUCCACGUGGAUUAUGUCAAGCAUAUGAUUUAACAAUUCGAUGUGCCGAUGAUCGUCGACAAUAUCAAACAUGUGGAAGUGCGUGUCCAAUUAGUUGCGAAACACGAAAUACACCAAGAUGUGAAAGUGAACGAUGUGUUACUGGUUGUUUUUGUAAAAUACCAUAUAUCCUUGAGAAUGCUGGAGAUCCUUUACAUUCUCGAUGUAUUCUACCAUCCGAAUGUCCAGCUAAUAUUGAUUUGAAUAUACCUCCAACAAUGGAUAUUGCUCAACAAUAUCUUGCCAGAAAUCCAGCUGCAUUUUUAAAGAAUAUGAAUUCAUAUCCAACUUCACCUUCUCCAUUAAUCUCAACACCGAAUAAUCAUUGCUCAGAUCCUCUCAAAAAUUAUUUGAAUUGUGGAAGUAAAUGUGCUGCAUCCUGUGAUCGACCAUUAUCUCAAGCAGCAUCAUUAGAUUGUGCACUUUCUUGUGUUGCUGGUUGUUUUUGUCGACUUCCAUAUGUUCUUCUCGAUUCAACAAAUCCAAAUUCCACGUGUAUUCUUCCUCAACUUUGCCCUCGAAAAUCAAUUCCCCCUUCAAUUGUUCCAACUCAAAGUCAAAGUUGUCUCGACCCACGAAAAGAAUGGUCUCAAUGCGCAGCCAAACAAUGUGCUCGAUCGUGUCUUAAUCCAGUUGGUCGAUGUUCUCCCGACACUUGUAUUUCUGGUUGUAUUUGUCGUCCCCCAUAUCUUUUAUUACAUCCAAACGAUUCCGCAUCAAGAUGUGUUUUACCAUCAGAAUGCGAAAAAUCAUGUGAAGAUCCAACAAAAGAAUUCAUCAGUUGUGGAUCAUCUUGUCCAAUGGGAUGCGAUAAUCGAAGACCCAAAAACUGUGCACCUUGUCAAACUGGAUGUUUUUGCAAAAAUGGAUGGGUUUUUGAGAAUUCGGCAACAUGGCCAACAUCGAAAUGUAUCAAAUUAGAAGAAUGUCCAGCAGAAACAAUAGAGGAGACAACAACAAUUAUUGAAACUACAGUAAUCCCAACAACAACCACAACAUCGACUACAACAACUCUUCCACCAAUAACAAAAAGUCAAGAAGCUUUUUCAAAAGAAGAAAAUUUCGGAAUCGCAAUUUCUAAAAGUUAGUUUGAUUUAUUGAAUAUUGAUGUUUCGGAAUUUUCGUGUUCUUUUUUUCAUUUUCGAAAUUUGAGGAUUUUCCGAAAACUUAGUAGAUAAUACUUUUAAAAAUUUCAAAAAAAUUAGUCCUGAAAUUUUCCUUGUAAGUCCGAGAAAAGUUCCGAUUACGGACAUUCAGAUUCCAAACACUGCCAAUCAUCAUAUUUUUCCAGAUCUUCCUGAUUCGUCUCAAAUUCCUUCAACUUCACAAUGUCCCGAAACAACAUUUGAUGUUGGUGGUCGAGGUUGUAAUUCAGAUAUGGAUUGUCCAAUUGAACAAAGAUGUUGUCGCCCAAUGAUUGUUUCACUUGGUGUCAAUCCACAAAGAUGUGUUUGCCCGGAUAAACAUGCAGUUUGGUCUUCUUGUGGAACACUAUGUCCCGAAUAUUGUGGUCAACCAUCUGUUCCAGUUUGUAGUUCCACGUGUAAUGCUGGUUGUCAUUGUGCUCCAGGUUUUAUUCGAGCAAGAAACGAUGUUGGUGCUCCGUGUGUUCCACGUGAUAGUUGUUCGCUGGUUUUGGCAACUCAAAAGUUUUCCGCAAGUUUUGAUGAUCAACCGAUUCGAUUUGCGACAAUUCGAGAAAUUCGACCACAUGAUCCAAUUAUUGAAGAUGUUGUGAGGAGUUGAGAGAAAGUAAUUUAAAAUAGUUUUGUUUUUUUUGCAGAUAGCAGUUUCUUUUAUUCAUUCGCGAGAAAAUCAAUCAUUAGGAAAAUUCACCUUCUCCCAAAUCACUCCAAAUACAAUCAAAAUAUUUGGAGAGAUUAAUAAUUUGCCACGUGGCAAUAGAUAUGCAGUUGUAAUGCACAGAUUUGGAGAUGCGUCAGAAAAAUGUUCGCGAGUUGGUCCACCGUUUUCAAAAUCAUCAACACCUUCUUUCGGAGAUUUGGAUGAAAAUGGAAAAUUGGAACGAAUUAUUGAUUGGCCAAUUGGUGAUGUUAUUGGAAGAGCUUUAGUUAUUUAUCCGUAUGUUUUCUAUUUUAAUUAGAGGAAAACAUAAACCCGAAAUGGAAUUUUAUAUUUAUUUAGAUUUUCAACAUCUGAAUGGACAUCUCGUGCACAUUUUGGUGAAAAACCAUUGGGAUGUGGAACAAUUGGAAUAGCAAAAGUUGCUCAAUAA